AUGCAAAUAAAUUUUUAUCAUGUUUUACUCGACCAAUCUAAUACUUAAUUAAAUAAGGCCAUUUAUUUGACAACUUUUCAAACAUUCAAAACACUUUACAUUAAGAAUAAAUAUUUAAAUCCAUUAAUUUAUAACAAAACCCGCUAAAAUUCUGAUCCCCCUCCUAAUUCUAUUAUUCCCGGGAUUCCAAUACAUUCUCAUCAAAUUAACAGAGUAAUUUCAAUCGGUAUCACCCAAACCCAUAUUGUAUUAUCAAUUAAUUAACAUUUAGUAUGUUUUCUUCUUUAUAAAAUUAAACAACGAAUUUCAAGGAUAGUUGGGACCCAACACAAUUAAACUUUACAGAGCAAGGAAACUCCAUCUAACAAAACUGCAAAAUACAACACUUUAAACAUUCAAUAUACAAAUUAAGAAGGUUUAUCAAAGAAUUAAUUUAAAUUCAAAUUACCAUUCUUGGGAAAUCCAAAUAAGGAUGCCCCUUUGGCAUUACGAUCUUCAUAUAUUAAUGAUGAAACCCCUCAAACUAUUAAACCUUAUAUGGUUGUAUAAUUGA